AUGAACAUCCUCGCUAUCGGCGCGUCUCGAAAUAUUGGCUAUUUGUCUGCUAUCAGACUUCUGAAUGAAGGCGCUACAGUUACGUUUCUACUGCGUUCUCCAUCGACAUUCGACGACGAUUCAGUCAUUCAACAAUUUGUUGCAACCGAAAAGGCUCGACUUAUCAAGGGCGACGCGACGAGUGAAGAGGAUACUCGUCGGGCCUGGGAAGCUGCAGGAACGGUCGAUGCGGUCAUAUUUUCCGUCGGCGGCACACCAUCCUUGGGGAUCAAAGGAAUCACCAUAAACCCACACAACCUUGUCACCCAGUGCAUGUUCAACCUUCUUUGCACUAUCCCCACCUAUCAGAAUGCACCACAGCCCAAAAUUAUUGCCAUCUCUUCCAUCGGACUCACCCCAUCAGCGCAUAAAUCGCUUCCACUCUUGAUGAAACCAUUAUACUCGAUGCUUGACGCUCCGCACAAGGACAAACUUGGGUUAGAGCGCGUGUUGGCGCAUUGUGCCGGGUGGACGUGGGAUGCAGCGGCUGGCGAGCCUGACAGCGACAUAACUGGAGAAAACUGGCAACAGCGUCCAGGACUCCCUGCUCCCGGCUCUCUUAAACAUAUUCUUGUCGUCCGUCCUGCGUGGCUGACGGAUGGAAAGUCCAAGGCUGACGAGAUUGAGCUCAAAGGAAAAAACAAGCAAGGUUAUCGGUUUGGGCAAGAAGAGCUUGGAUGCUACACGAUAUCAAGGGCCGAUGUCUCACACUUCAUUGCGACUUCGCUUGACCGUUGGAAUGAGCUGGAGGAUAAGCGGAUAAAUGUAGGCUACUAA